UGUGAGGCCAACAAUUUACCAGAAGAACCACCGUGUCGCCAGAGAUAGCUGAUUGCGAUAUAAUUUGUAAUACAAUUCCACAAGAUGAAAUGUUGACGUGUACUCAUGCUAAGUACUGCUCGAGCCCAAGUUCUGGCCAGCCUGAACAAACACCCCAUCGACGAACGAAAACCUUAUUCAGUAACAUCAGAAGGUGUCGCUGACGUGAUUUUUACUCAGGGGGUCGUUGACAGGAAGCAGUGUACUCCCCCUUUAACAAGCGCACGCAAGUGAAGACAUCUUGAAGACGCAGAGGGUUAAUUCCGAGCCCCCACCACCACCACCCACAUCUCCAAUUUGAAAGCCGCCUCUCUACCGGGAGAGGAAAGCUCUUUUUCGGUCAGAUGGCGCGCUGCAGUCCACCCCCGUCAUUCUCCAGCCCACACAGACACACGGAGAGAGAAAGAGAGGCAGCCAGCGACCAAUACGCUACGCCGGAGGAGGAUUUCUGCCAGUGAUUUCAGACGAGCCACGGGUAGGCUGAGGGGAUUUACUACGCCAAUCUGACGCUAUUGCUUCAAGAGACUUCUGAGCACCCCUCACCCUGCGUCUUAACCUGGAGAAGCGUGCCAUGUCUCUGCCACGCACACUUGGGGAGCUGCAGCUCUAUCGGGUGCUGCAAAGGGCCAACCUGCUGGCCUACUACGAAACCUUCAUCCAGCAGGGCGGCGACGAUGUGCAGCAGCUAUGCGAGGCGGCGGAGGACGAGUUCCUUGAGAUCAUGGCCCUGGUCGGCAUGGCCACCAAGCCACUGCAUGUACGCAGGCUGCAGAAGGCCCUCCGAGAUUGGGCGGCGAAUCCCGCCCUUUUCAACCAGCCAGUCGCCGGCCUGCCUGCCCUCGGGGGGAUCCCGCUGUUUAAAGUGGACAGCACGGGUCCGAGCGGUUCUGCGGGUGGACCGAGGAAGUCUUUGAUCAACGGGCAGCCGGGGUCGCCCCCCGAGCGGGAGGAUCGGGCGUGUCUUACUCCCAUGCACAGUGGAAGCCCACGGAGCCCUUGCUCUCAGGCCUCCCCCCAGCCUCCAGAGUCACACUACCGAGAAAAACUGUCCCCCAUGGACCCACACUGGCUGACCCCAGAGCCCGAUGGGAACGGCUCCUUUGCCUCUGCGCCAGGAAUCGAAGAGGAUCCGCCCAGCCCACCGCAUCUACAUGUUGCCCCCCCUGGUCUCUCCACAUCUCCAAGCUCCUCUUCUGCCCCCACCCCUCUGUCGGCUUGGCCCGGAGGACAACUGGACGGGGAGACCAGCCGUGCCGUGGCAGAAAGCGUGGAGAGGCUACUAAGGACUCUCCCUCGCUCCGAUCCGACAGAGGUGAAGAGUCUCCUGAGGAUAAACAAAAAAAUAGCAAAGACGGUGGGACACAUCUUCAGCAUGGGCUCACAGGACGUGAAGAAGGAGGAGGAGAUCCGCAAGUACAGUCUCAUCUACGGACGCUUCGACUCCAAGCGCAGAGAAGGCAAGCUACUCACGCAACAUGAGCUGAUCAUCAACGAGGCUGCCGCCCAGUUCUGUAUGCGUGACAACGCCCUUUUACUCAGGAGGGUGGAACUCUUCUCUUUGGCUCGGCAGGUGGCAAGAAAAUGUGCCUACACUUCCACUCUCAAGCACGCGAGGUCAAACGUGGAGGAGAACAAUGCGUCGUCCCAGAAGAGAGCAAGGCUCGAAGUGACCGUGCCUGAGAGCACUUCGUCACUCCUCGGAAUGGACGGCGCUGAGGCCUUAAACCUGAGAACCGAUGAAGACAGCUUGUCUGUAGAAAGUCCAGACAGCGUUUCACAUGACUUGGGGUCACAGUGCACCCAGUCACCAUCGUCGUGCCCCCCCACCGACAGCUCCAACCACACCCCCUGGAGUCGCCAUCUCAUGCAACAAACGCUCAUGGACGAAGGGCUGCGAUUGGCUCGCAUGGUGUCACACGACCGGGCGGCCAAGGUCAAAUUAGGGUCAGAUGGAACUCACUCCACAGAGCAUGGGAGUAAAGUUCCACAGCGAAGCUCGAUCACAGUGUGCCGGAGCAUCAGCCCAAACGUCUCCAAAGAAAACACCAAUCACAGAGGGAAAUGAAAAAAAAAAGAAACAAUAAUAAUACUUCAAUCCAUACGGCAAAGGACUUGGGCUCCGGACACCACUGACAUCCAAAAGAGCAUCCAGUGGCGAUAACAUCAUCAUCAACAACUUCAUAAAUGAUGACAUUAUAAACUCGCAGUGAACUGUAUGGACAUGUUGAUGGACAUUUUGUUAUUAAAAGCAUUCAUUCUCCA